CUCUUCCUUCCCGUCGGAGGCAACGAGCCAACGAAGAGCCCAUCUCUCUCUCUCUCUCUCUCUCCACACCAACCAAGCGCGAGCUCCUCUCCUCCUUCCCGAAGAAACCGAGACCGGCGGCUGUUCCGCGUUCCCCUCUACUCUUCUCCGUCUCAACUCCGCUACCGCCGCCUCCGCAACUGCCGCAAGAUCCACCGGGGAGUCGAUUUCUCGGGAGCAGAAGGGGUUAACCUUCGUGUUGGAAACAAUGUACUUUGAGGGCUAUGGCUACCGUGGAAGCACUUUCGAGCAGACAUAUCGCUGCUAUCCUUCAUCUUUCAUUGAUAAGCCACAACUUGAGGCCGGUGACAAAAUUAUUAUGCCGCCAUCGGCUCUUGAUCGUCUUGCAUCUCUGCAUAUUGAAUAUCCUAUGCUUUUUGAAGUCCACAAUGCGGCAGCAGAACGGACUUCACAUUGUGGUGUCCUGGAGUUCAUUGCAGAAGAAGGCAUGAUUUACAUGCCAUAUUGGAUGAUGCAAAAUCUUCUUCUGCAAGAGGGAGAUAUGGUGUUCAUAAAAAAUGCCAACCUCCCCAAGGGCACAUAUGUCAAGUUGCAGCCUCAUACGACAGACUUUUUAGAUAUCUCAAACCCCAAAGCAAUCUUGGAGAAAACUCUGCGGAACUUUUCUUGUCUAACCACAGGUGACAGCAUUAUGGUAGCGUAUAAUAACAAGAAGUACUACAUUGAUAUAGUGGAGACAAAACCUUCCAAUGCUAUAAGUAUUAUUGAGACUGAUUGUGAGGUUGACUUUGCACCACCACUUGACUACAAAGAACCUGAGCCAGUAAAACCUGCUGGUCCUGCAAACACGGAGCCUACUGCCGAGGCUCCAGCUGAAGAACCAAAGUUCAUUCCCUUCACUGGUUCCGGAAGGCGUCUGGAUGGGAAGGCUUCCAAAGAUAAAGAUGUGCUGGCCUCAUCCCCUGCAAAACGACAAGCUAAUGUGACCAAUAGUGUCCAGCCAUCAACAGCCACCAUGUCACAGGGCAGUUCAUCGCGUAAGACCACAGGAAAGCUUGUCUUCGGCUCUAGUGGAAGUCGAGCUGAUAAGGCACCUGAGAAGGAAGCAAAGGAAGAACCAAAGAAAGAAGAACCGAAAUUCUCGGCGUUUACGGGAAAGAAAUACUCACUGAGAGGCUGAAUAAAUAGCCAGAUAUUGUAUUAUCAGCAUUUCCAGCGGCAGACAUACCGUCUUAUUUACUGUUAUUUGCCUCGCCUAAUUGGGAUGUGACUGUAGGGUGGCUUGUUUCCCUUUUCUUCAAAAUUUCAGUGAGCAGCACAUCUGUAGGGUGCCUGAAUGCGUUAAGAGUCCAUAGACACAAAUUGUUUCGAGGACAAAACGACAUAAAUUUGACAAUAAAAAGAAGUUGACAAAAGAGUCAAAUUAAGGCCCUGUUUA